AUGCCAAGGGCUCGCGGAUUUGAAUACUGGUUUGGUGGCCUUGAUCUCAAUGCAACUCCUGAAGCUAGUACAUCAACUGAUCAACAUGCUGGGCAGCCGCCAGAAGUCGGAGGCCAUCGUGUCGAUCCCCAAGGAGAUGAAGCAGGUCCUUCAAACAAUGAUCAGCAAGCUAAUUCGCGUGCACGGACUGGUGUUACACUUUCCAGUGAGGAAAGCGAUGGUGAAGCUGAGGUUGAGUCAACGCCUGAAGGAUAUGUUCCAAAGGUUCCAUUUGUUGGCAUGAUGUUUGACACACCUGAACUAGCUUUGCAACACUACAACAGAUAUGCUCACCACAUUGGUUUUUCAGUGAAGAUAGAAUCAUCUAGGAGAUGUGCUAAAGAUGGUGAGCUAGAUAAAUUUGUUUAUGUCUGCAACAAAUCUGGGAAGCCUAGAGAAGAAGAAGCAGUCCCAGUUAAGCAGAGGAACCGUAAGCUAACUGUGUUGACCGACUGCAAAGCAAAGCUUCGAGUAAAACGUGAUGGUGCUAGAUGGAAAGUUACUCAGUUUGUUGAGGUGCAUACACAUGAGGUGAUUGACAAGUUUGCGCUUAAGAAAUACUUGAGAUCACACAACAAGAUCCUUGCAGAAGAGAAAAAGUUUAUUGACUUGUUACAUGAAGUCAACCUUACUUCAGGAAGAAUCAUGGAAAUCAUGGGGGAGCUAUAUGGGAGCAAGCAGAAUGUCCCAUACAACAGCAAAACAGUUAGUAACUACACUGCAAAACUAGGGAACUAUGACAUGAUUAAAUAUAUCCCAGAGCUGCUAGAGUACUUUGAAGAAAUCAAGAAAGAUGAUCCCAGAUUUUUCUACAGGUUCAAGCUAGAUGCAGAAAAUAAAGUGGAGAACCUGUUCUGGGUGGAUAGCAAAGCAAGAGAUGUCUACCCCCUGUACAAUGAUUGUAUUUCUUUUGAUACAACAUUCAUGACAAACCAGUACAGCAUGCCAUGUGCUCCUUUCAUUGGAAUAAAUAGAUAUGGUCAAUCCAUCCAGCUUGGUUGUGGUUUUGUGAGGAAUGAAUCUUCUGUGAACUUUGUGUGGUUGUUUGAGCGGUUUUUAGAGGCAAUGGAUGGACUACAUCCAUUGAACAUCAUUACAGAUCAAGAUGCAGCUAUCAGAACUGCUAUCCUCAUUGUGUUCAUUGGCAUCAUACACAGGUUCUGCAGGUGGCAUAUAAUGCAAAAAGUACAGGGAAAACUUGGUACUUUUGUUGCUCAGAGAGAAGACUUGCGUUUAGAGUUCAAUGAUGUGAUUGACUACAGCAUGACACCGGAAGAGUUUGAACAGCGGUGGGCAAAUAUGGUGGAAACGCAUGGGGUUGCAGAUAACACACAUUUUCUUGACCUCUAUGAUUUGCGUGAGUAUUUUGUGCCAGCAUAUUUCCGCCACCGGUUUUUCCCAUUCCUUCAAACUACAUCUAGAAGUGAAGGGUUUAAUGCUGUUCUUAAGCAGUAUGUUCAUCCACAUGAUAGCCUUAUUCGUUUCUUCAAGCAGUACAUGAAACUACAGGAAAGAAUUGAUGUAACAGAAGAUGCUCAUGAGUUUGAUGGUGAUGAGAAGACAGUCAGGCUUUGGGGGGACUUUCCCAUGGAGAAGCAGAUCCUUCAGACAUACACCAUGCCCAUCUAA